CCCCAAGAGUACGAAGUUGUUGUAUUGGUCUUUGAAUGGAGGUACAGCGGGAUCUGCCUUCUGGGAUACUCUAAACAAGAGAAACUAACACCUUUGCACCAUAGAGUAAGCGCAAAGACUGAAAAACAGAUUCAAAUACAACAGCAAGAGCACAGCAAUGAUUGUCCGAAAACUAAGCCCAUCGAGAUUGUUUCUUCUGCUAGUAGCCGCAAUUGGGACGGGCACGGCAUCGGCUUACGACUGGACGUGCAACCUAUAUUGUUAUAACAAAGGAGUCUGUCGGCAUGGACACGGGAAGUUUGGUGCUUAUGCUGGGAUUGAUUCGGAAAUAGACGACCUUCCGUUCGAACAGGAAUUGCACGAGAACGGAAUGUACUGCACCUGCCCCAAAGGUUACACGGGAUUGCAAUGCGAAAUCAAAUUCGUCACAUGCGGAAGAGACAGCCACACUUGCUUUAAUGGGAGCGCCUGUGUCAAAGAACGAUCUACGGACACCGGAGAGGCCUUUUACCGAUGCGCGUGUGACGCCGAGGGAAGCAUAAUGGAUGCGCCUUACGCAGGAAAGUACUGUGAACACAUCGCCACCGUCUUUUGUGACGGGGGCGGCGAUGGGUUCGAGCACGGGUCGGCAUUUUGCACUAACGGCGGAAGGUGUAGGCAGCAACAGACCGACGACCCCGACUUGGAUUUUGCGUAAGUCUGGCCUCUAGAUCUGGCUCUGGUAUUUUGUUUCUGUUCUUUUUGGACGACUGGUUCGAUCGCAAUAGUUGCUCUUGCGCAACGGCUGCGCGCUUCAAACAGUCGAGUCGCUCACAACGCUCGCUCCGUUUGCUUGUUCUCGUACCCCUGACACCACAGAAACUCUGGUUGCGACUGUCCAGAGGGGUGGGAAGGACGCCACUGCGAGAUAAAAACAGUAACCAGCGUCAGCACAGUCGCUGAAGACAUAGUGCACGAGAUGAAAGAAUUCCUCAGCGCGGGAGAGAUUGCUGGUAUUGUCAUUGGCUUUUGUAUAGGAAUUUCUCUGCUCAUUUGUUUCAGAAAGCAGAGGUUCUUCUUCAAAACCGGUUUCAGGAAAAGCCACCGAGGAAGGGGACGAACCAAUCGACGGCACGGGCGGAAACAACAAGAGAUGACAAUGUAUUCCGAUAAUAGAGGAGAUAUAAUUUAAUGGAAGUGCACAGAAUCAAAUUCAGUCGGAUAGCAGCAACGGGAUACGGACUCGCUUACCAAGUGUACGGGAAUAAAUAUAGGACUUGUGGGUGAGAACGGGUCUUGGAUUUUUCGGAUUGAUUUUGCUUCAACUCAAUAGCAAUUUUGACAUCGCUUCUAGUUGUCGUCAAUUCGCACUGUUUUGCAGCACGAAUGGUAUAUAGAUUGAACAUGUACUAAUAAAAGUAAAGCUGAUUU